AUACCUUGUUCAAUAUUCCUGGGCGUAGCAAAGAUGGAAUCAAAUCCCGCUUAGAUUUGAAAGAGUUAGGGAUUCGUUCCAAUUUACACCCACAAGUUGUUGGUCGACGAACAUUCUUACCACCAGCUUGUCAUGCUCUAACUAAAGCAGAAAAACAAUCUUUGUGCGGUUCUAUCUCCCAGGUGAAAGUACCUGAAGGGUACUCCUCAAAUGUCUCUGAUUGGGUAGAUAUGAAAAAAUUAAUUUUGAGUGGUCUGAAAUCUCACGAUCAUCAUAUAUUGAUUCAACAUAUUCUACCAGUGAGUAUCCGUUCUGUGUUGCCAAAGAAAGUUAGAUAUGCAAUUACGAGAUUGUGUUUGUUCUUCAAAUCUCUUUGCUGUAAAGUGGUUGAUGUGCCUAAGUUACAGAAUCUCAAGAUAGAAAUUAUAGAAGUUUUGUGUUACUUGGAACAAUUUUUCCCGCCUUCCUUUUUCGACAUAAUGGUCCACCUAACAGUGCAUUUGGUGAGAGAAGUAAAGUUAUGUGGACCUGUGUACUUGAGAUGGAUGUACCCAUUCGAACGAUACAUGAAAAUCUUGAAGGGUUAUGUCAGAAAUAGAAGUAGGCCUGAGGGUUGUAUUGUUGAAUCAUACAUCGUUGAAGAGACGAUUGAAUUCUGCUCAGACUACUUGUCAGAGGUUACCACUGUUGGCUCUCGCUCUACUCGGGUCGAUAGGGAAAUAAGCAGAGGGGGUAGGGGUUUUUCUGUUUGUGGUGUGAGUCGAGCUGAUUGUGAAGAAGCGCACCGGCUUGUGUUGCAAAAUACUGAUGUUGUCCAACCGUACAUUGAGGAACAUUUUAAUUGGAUCAAGACUACUAAUCCGACUAAGGCACGAAAUCAAAAAUGGGUACAAGAUGAACAUUAUCGAAAUUUCAGUACAUGGUUAAAAAACAAGGUAUAUGCAGAAAUGUGUGAAUCUCCGUGUAGUGUGUCCAACACACUACUUUGCAUAUCACGAGGUCCUUCGUGUGAUGUACUCAAGUUCCCAUCGUACUAUAUAAAUAGUACUCAAUUUUGCACCCAAGCCCGUGAUAAAUCUAGAAAAACUCAAAAUAGCGGUGUCAUGAUUGUUGCUAAGGCUUUCCAAAUAUCUAGUUCAAAAGACAAAAACCCUAUUGAAUGUGACAUGUCUUUUUACGGUGUAAUUCAAGAAAUUUGGGAAUUAGAUUACAGUAGUUAUCGAAUCCCUGUUUUUCUUUGUGAUUGGGUUAGGAGUGAUAAUGGGGUCAAAGACGAUGAAUUUGGAUUCAAGUUGGUGGACUUGAACCGAAUCGGACACAAGUCCGAUAGGUUUAUAAUGGCGUCCCAAGCAAGUCAAGUGUUUUACAUGAGUGAUCCAUUAGAUGCACGCUGGUCAGUUGUCUUGACGACACAACCAAAAGAUUAUGAUAAUCAAGAGUGUAAUGGCGAUGAUCUCAUGCUUAGUGACCAAAUUCAUCAAAUCACCCCACCACCUGUUGAUGUCACCGUUGGGGACGAUAUCAUAUCAUCUCGUGAUGAUGGUGAAGGAUUAUGGUUGAACGAAUCUAUCAACACAUGAUUCAUAUAUCAAACACGUAUUGGUAUUUAGUCUUUUUCAUAUAUUUACAUUUAGCUAUUAUUUUGACUAUUCUUGUAUAUUCUAAUGUAUGAUUUUAAAUUUGUGUAGGCUUUUAUAUCAUGGAACGAGGUGGGGACGAUGAGUGGAGUGCAUGGAUGGAUUAUGAUGGUGAUGAUGGUCCUGAACAGCCAUCUGUGGAAGAAGGUAGUGGUGAUCCUGAAGAACAAACACAAAAAAAUACUCGCGGGAGAAGCAAACGAAAUGAUCAGUACUUUCAGUAUUUCUUGGAACUUGAAAAGCAAUGCGGGAAUAAGUCGUGCACAUAUGAUGAAAGAAGUGUCGAUUGGUACAUCACUUCUUCUUAUUAUUUGGGAAGUUAUUGAUCAAGAAGUUUGAUUGUUUUUUAAAAUAAGGAGAAAGAAAAAGAAGAAGAAAACUUAAAUUUAAAGAAGCUAGCUAAGAGACCUAGUUAAACUUUAUUUGCAUGUAAUUAAAUAUUAGUACUUUUUUUAAUUUAUCGGAUGAUAGUUUGAAAUUAUUUGAAUAUAAUAACUUUAAAUUACUUCAAAGAAAGUUUUUAAUUCAUAAUAUUUAAAAAUGUUAUUGUAUGUUAUGUAGGAAUUAUUAAUUUUAUGGUAAAAUUUGACAAUAUUGAAUAGUUUAGAAUUUUAUUUACAACAUUGUGAAUAGUUUAGAAU